AUGUCGAGAUCUGGAUUGGGGAAUGAGUGUGAGUUCCCUCUCGGAUUUGACAAACCUUAUGAAUCACCACCACAACUACGCCUAUUGGGUUCACAAAGUAACUUUCCUCUUCAUCGUUCUUCUCUUUCUCCUGGACAUUUAAAUUAUCCACAUGAAAUUAUUAGCUAUUCUAAUGUGCCAUUUUUUUCAACGGCUACGUUGCCUUUCACCUCAACCAACACCUCUAAGAAGCGUAGAGGUCGACCUUACAGACCUCGCAACAAAAAGUCCGGUAUGAAUAUCGUUUAUGUUUCUAAAAUAAGGUUUUCUCAAUCUCCAUCAUCUACUGAAACUGUGACCUAUGAGGGACUAUUUGAGAUCCUAUCACUGAAAGGUUCUGUGUCUGUUAGCACAAAUAAAAGUGAGCAAAAAAGAUAUGGUGAAGUAAAGGGAUCAUUUGUUUCAUUAUCAAAUGGUCGUUCAUUUGGUGGUAGAAUUGACGGUGUUCUGAUUGCUGCCUCUCCGGUUCAGAUAAUACUAGGGAGCUUUUUUACGGAGGGUCAAGAAGUAGUACUGUCCGACCCAAAUGAGCCUCCUACAGAAGGCCCAAGCAAGCCCUCGUCCGCGAUUCUUUCAUCGGAAGGAAUAUAG